AUGUACGAUAAUGUGACAGUUGUAAGAAAAUCAAUGUCAAGUUUCAAUGAUAACUCCACCGUGUAUGGGGAUAUGAUAUAUAACAGCCAAAGUGAAAAUGACAACAAUACGAACGCAACGAUUGACUUCAAUUUUGAUUUUGAGCCAAGAGAAUAUAUUUUUGACAGAAAGGAAGUUCGGAUAAUUUUUAUAACACUUUAUACAAUGGUUUUUUGCUGCUGCUUUUUUGGCAAUCUUCUUGUGAUUUUGGUAGUGACCUUAUCUCGACGACUUCGUUCAAUUACGAAUUUCUUUUUGGCAAACCUAGCUGUGGCUGACUUCUGUGUUGGGAUAUUCUGUGUGUUUCAGAACUUAUCAAUGUAUUUAAUAGAUAGUUGGGUAUUUGGAAGCUUUUUAUGCAAAGCUUAUCACUUUAUACAUUCACUUAGUUAUACAGCAUCAAUAUUCAUACUUGUUGUCAUUUGUAUGGAACGUUACUUAGCUAUUCAGCAUCCUAUCACGAGUAAACAGAUUUUAACAUCAAGUAGAUUAAAAAGUGUGAUAGUAUUAGUAUGGUGGGCAUCUGUGAUGUAUUCGAUCCCAAAGUUUAUUUACGUUGAGACGAUUACCAAUAAAUUGGGAAAUGAAACAGAAACCAUUUGUACAGUGAAUCGUAGGGACUAUAAUGUGAAGUUGUUUGACAUCUUGAACUUUAUAUUUCUGUAUUUAUUGCCAUUAAUGGUGAUGACGGUUCUCUACAGCCGAAUAGCUAUUUCAUUGUGGAAAAGUUCUAAAGGACUAGGACGAAGUCUUCAGAUGAAAAAUACGACAAUUCCAUCAACAUCAACAGGAGUUAAUAAUGCACCUUUUUUAAAACACCCAAUCAAAUAUGAUAAACGAGCUUUGAAUACAAGUGAAUGCGAGGUUUCUAUGGAAUCAGAUAGAAAUGGAGUGACAACUUGGAGAACACAAAGCAUCAGUCAUUCACGUCAUAACCAUACGCAACAAGCGCAUAUAUCAACACACUCAACGAAUAACGUUUUAAGAGCUCGUCGAGGAGUUGUGCGAAUGUUAAUGGUUGUCGUCUUAACAUUCGCGCUUUGCAAUUUGCCUUUACAUGCUAGGAAAAUUUUGCUCUCAAACAGGUCACAAGCUUAUCGCGGUGACUCGAAUUUUAACGCUCUUUUCACACCACUCACAUUUCUCGCAACAUAUUUCAAUUCAGGCAUAAAUCCUUUACUGUAUGCAAUUCUAUCAAGAAACUUCAGAAAAGGUAUGAGCGAGCUUUUGAUAUGUUCCUUGAAGCAAAACAAGAACAAAGCUCUCAAUAAACGAGCGACAGUUACACACAAUAUGGAGACAGAAGUAUGA